UUAUUUUGUUGUUGUUGUUAUAAUUUUAUUAAAAAUUAUUUCUGUAAUAAAAUGAAUAAAUUAUCAAUAAUAACGGAUUUAUCGCCAUCACUACAAUUUACAAUUAUAUUUACUAUUAUGUCUUUCAUGGCAUUUAUAAAUGAAUCACUUAAUCACUGGCUAUCAAUUGUAAGCAAAACUAUAUUAAUAGGGAUUAUAUCCUAUUUGCUGACCCUUUAUAUUAGAAAAUAUCGUAAUAAAGUGUUUAUCAUUACUAAAGGCAAAGCUGUCUUAAUAACAGGUUGUGAUACUGGUUUUGGUAAUAAAAUAGCGCUUAAACUAAAUCGAAACGGCUUUAGAGUAUACGCUACCGUAUUGUCCGUAUCAAGUAAUGGUGCGAAACAAUUAUCUACAAAUUGUGCAUUUAAUAACAAAAUGCAUAUUUUGGAUAUGGAUGUAACCAAUGAUGCAAACGUUUUGAACACUUACAAACACAUAAAAAAAGAUUUACAAACACAUGGGGAUCAAUUGUGGGCAGUCAUCAACAAUGCCGGACUUUUCAGUUGCGGACAUCUAGAGUGGGGAACAUUGGAUACUUUUCAUAAGGUAUUUGCAGUCAACGUAUUUGGUAUGAUUCGGGUCACCCGUACAUUCCUACCACUUAUUAAAGUGUCAAAAGGUCGUGUGAUAAAUAUGGUGAGUUUGGCCGGAAGGUUCACAUUUGAUUUGGGAGGCAUUUAUUGUAUGACAAAACACGCGUGCAUUGCAUUUUGUGAUACACUAAGACGUGAAAUGCAUAAAUUUGGUGUAAAAGUCAUUACUAUUGAACCGGGACUCUUCAGGACACCCAUGACUAAUGAAAAAUAUAUAUCGGAUUUGUUGAUCAACACUUGGAACCAAUCCAGUGAUACCGUUAAAAAAUCUUAUGGAGAGUCAUAUUUGAAUCUCCAGAAGGAAGUGGCGCUCGACUUUCACAAUCGUUUUAAGGCCGGCAGUGAUAUCGGUUUAGUGGUCGACGAUACGGUCGAUGCCGUACUCAAUAGUGAGCCGCAAAUUAUGUACCGACCCAUUGAAGGCAUACAAAGUAAAGUAUUGACUUUACUUCCCGCAUAUAUACCAUCUAAAUGGUUGGAUCUAAUAGUCUUUGCAAAAGACAAGUCUAAACCCGAAAAUAUUUAUGACUGAAAUUAUAUCAGUAGAUAAUAUUAAAACUAAUUUUUUAUU